ACUGGGACCACAAGCUCUUAUCUCAGCACUUUGCCGCAGAUUGCCGGUUGUUCGAUGAACUUUGAACUGAGCCCACAGUCAGAGACUGACACAGUGCCAAGAUAUCUUUCUCUACAUUCUACAAGGAAUUAGGCGCAAGUUUAACACGAACGAUGGGAGAGACUACUCAGUUUUUUAUUUUUAUUUCUUUUAUAAUAUGGAUCGGACUGGCAUCACAGUCAACAGGAGACGAUCAUGUUAACCCAGUUGUGUCCGUAGAAAACGGCCGCUUAAAAGGCAGCGUGUCGCGAGUGAAGGGGACUGAGCGGCUUGUUCACGAAUACCUCGGGAUCCCCUUUGCCAAACCCCCGCUGGGAUCGCUGAGGCUAAUCGCCCCGGAGCCCCCGGAGCCGUGGACUGGAGUCCGAGAUGCCACUCGUCACCCUGCCAUUUGUAUCCAAAAUGUGGACUUCAUAGAAAAGUUAUUGGAGGAGGUGAAGCUAACAUUCCAGAUCCCUGUUGUUUCUGAAGAUUGUUUGUAUUUAAACAUCUACACCCCUGCAGAAUUCAACAAGGAGUCAAGAUUACCUGUAAUGGUGUGGAUUCAUGGAGGAGGAUUAAUGAUGGGCGCAGCCUCCCAUUAUGAUGGCUCAGCACUUGCUGCUUAUGAGAAUGUGGUGGUGGUGGUGAUCCAGUAUAGGUUGGGAAUUUUAGGAUUUUUGAGCACUGGUGAUGACCAUUGUCGUGGAAACUGGGGCCUCCUAGACCAAAUAGCAGCUCUACAGUGGGUUCAAAGGAAUAUUAAGACUUUUGGAGGAGACCCAGACUCUGUGACCAUUUUUGGAGAAUCGGCUGGAGGAUGCAGUGUAUCGGCUCUUAUAUUUUCCCCAUUAUCUUCUGGUUUAUUCCAUAAGGCAAUAUCUCAGAGUGGAACUGCAAUGGUAUUAGGAAUUUUAAAUGAAAAUAUAGAUCCAGUAAAAAAGGCAGUUGCUAACAUGACUGCAUGUGAUGAUGCAGACUCACGGUUGUUUGUGAAAUGCAUGCGAGAGAAGACUGAAGAAGACCUUUUAGAAAUAACAAAAAAGUUUACAACUAUGAUAAUUCCAAUGACAGUCGAUGGUGUUUUUCUGCCAAAACCACUUUCUGAGAUGCUGAAAUCCAAGAGUUUUCAUCAAGUUCCAUACCUUUUAGGAAUCACCAAUAAUGAAGUUGGCUGGCUGCUUGCAAACACCCUUUUUCCUCCUGGCUGGCAAGAGGGAAUUGAGAAAGAUGUGGCAGUUUCACUCCUGAAUAAAAUUUUCCCACCUGAAGCUGGAAUUAAAAAUGCAAAUGAAUAUAUUUUUAAUGAAUAUGUUGGCAACAUCACUGAUCCUACAUUAAUUCGAGACCUGCUCACAGAAAUAAGUGGAGAUAUGUUAAUGGUGAAGCCGACUAUUAUUGCAGCUAAUGCUCACAGAGAUGCUGGUUCACCAGUAUACUUGUAUGAGUUUCAGCAUCGGCCAAGCUUGUAUGGAGAUAUAAGACCCAGUUUUGUGAAAUCUGAUCAUGCUGAUGACAUUGGAUUCGUUUUUGGUGCUUGCUUCUGGAAUGGACACAUUAAACUGCUUGGUAAUCUAACUGAAGAAGAGAAUCAACUAUGUCGAACAAUUAUGGCAUACUGGGCUAAUUUUGCUCGAAAUGGGAAUCCUAAUGGAGAUGGGCUGGAAUCAUGGCCACUGUAUAAUGAUGGUGAACAGUACAUGGCUCUCAACUUAAAACAGAGUAGCGGAAGAGGACUGAAGAAAGAAAAAAUGACUUUCUUGAUAGAAAAACUGCCUGAAUUAAUGAAAGAACACAAGAAAAACACCGAAGUUCACAUGGAUCUUUAAUGAAGAGAAAAGCAGGGUGCACUUCGAUAUCACUAAAUAUUGGGAGAGAAAAAAAGUUAAAAAUGCAAUUUUCAUAUAGUAACAUUUUGAAAGUAUAAUUUUUAUUACAUUUCAAAAAAGUUACAAAUGCAAUUUUCAUAUAGUAACUUUUUGAAAGUAUAAUUUUUAUUACAUUUGGGAUUUUAAAACAGACUAAAUUUUUAUUGUCUAUCAUGUUUCUGCUAUUCAUAGUUAUUUUCAUUCUGUAUGCCUUGGUACUAAGGCCUUCAGCAGAAUGAGUAUGCUAAUGUCAGAUUCUAGCUUGCUCAGUCUAGUUCUCAGAAAAUGUCUCCAGCCAGUCACAUAUUGUAGUUAUGCAUGAAUUAAAAAGUUUAAGGCAUCUAAAAUAAAAAAAAAUAUAUAACUGAACAUCCCAGGUAAAAGGCUACAGAUUGAACGGAGGCUGAUAACAGAAUGGGACUGGGUUGCAAUAAAGAAAUAUGCAUUAUGAAAAAAGGCACUGUUGUCCAAAGGGUAUGCUGGCUUUGUAAAUAAAACAAUUAAGGUAGGGGUUACUGACACAAAAAAUGUUAACUUGACAACUGAAGUAAAAUGUCUUCCAAAAACACUGUCAUUUCCAUUUCACAAUAAUUCCCCCAUUUAUCAAAAAAGUGCAUAAAAGAUGCCCCCCUGUUUAGCAAUACUCUGAAGAAUUUGUUUAUUUUUACAAUUAAAUAGUGUCUAUUAAUUGAAAGAAUUUU